AUGAAGGUCGCUGUGUUGGACCUGGGGUCUCUGUUUGCCAAGAUCUUCAAGAUCUCAACAGCAUCCCCGGCGGUCUCCAGUCACCCUGGAGGCGCAGCGGGCACAGGAUCAGGGGACUCCAGCACCAGCACGUCGCUUAGAGAGACUGAGACCCUGACUUUGCUCCCAUCUCUGCCUCCAGACAACGCAGCCUCACGGGAGCCCUUCACCCCUGUGCACACUCCGCUCUCUGCCUCGCACCCCAGGAGCUCGGUAGCUACUCACAGGGUAGAAGCAGCAGAGUGUCCUGGAUCUCUGCCCAGCGCCAUCUCAGGAGCCACCACAGUACCGCCCUUAGCACCCUACAACGGCUCUGCGGGCUCAGUGGCUUCAGUGGCUUUACCAAGCCCAGGGGCUGUCUGGGCGACACUGCCUUCUGCCACCACCCCUUUGGGCUGCAAUAGCAGCGCAGCAUCAAGUCCACGGAACCCUCGCCAGCUGCCAGCUCCUGGAGAGCGAGAGCCCAGUGUAUGGAUGGCCCCAGGUCCUGUCCCCAAAACGCUGUUUUUCACCUUGCCGGACAUUGGAGAAGAAUGGACCUCGGAUAGCGACUCCCAGGAUGACCCAGAAGGAAGGGGACUUUCAGAAGGACUCAGGAAGCACAGCUCUGAAAAGAGCAAAGAUCCUUUACCUACGAAUUUUACAAGAAACGUGCAGAAGGCCAUUGAUAAAUUCGACAGCGAGUCCCCCUCAUCCUUUUCAUCCAGUGGGAGCCGCACGCCCACAGAUGCCCACAACUCAUGGCCUGGCUCUUCCACGCAGAGCUCCACCACGGGAUUGUCUACGGAGAGGAGCUCAGUUUCUUCUUGGAGAGAUGAUGAAUUUGACAAAGUCAGUGCACAGAAAGUCCAACAGCUGUUUUGGGAAGUUGAGGAACUGCUAUUUGAAGGGAAAGUGAGUCUCCAGACCCAGAAUCUCCUGGCCGAAUGCAGUGAAUGGGCAGGAAGAUCCCUUCACCUUAGGGUGUUAGGAAGACAGCUCAUCCCACCAACUGAUGAAGGUUUCCAACAUUUCCAGGGGAGCUUGCCUAGCUCUGCCAGUCACAGACCUUUACCUCAUGCCCCUGACCAGAUCAGCAGCAUCAGAGAGCUGUGUAUCUCUGGCUCUCAGAUAGUCCCGGAGAUACUCUCCGCCUCUGCCCUGACAGACCCUGAUGGCACAGAAUUGGCUGACCUCACAUCAUGUUCAUCCCUGAAGGAAGAGGUGUACCACGUGGAUGGAAACAUUGAAGAAUAUUUUGCCUUUGACAGAAAGCAGGAUGGGGAUGAGCAUCUUGAACAAAACCCAAGACUCCGUGGCAGGAAGAGGCAUCGACAUGGCCUUCCUCCCGUUUCCCCUGAUGACUGUAUCAGAGAUGCUGUGGCAGCAGAAGUGUUUGAUCAUGUUUGGACCAAUGUGGUAGAACUACUGGAAGAUCUCAUUAGAAAAACCUGGGAAUCUGCACUCACAGGUGGGAAAAAACAUAAGGAAAAACUGAAAGUAGCUGAGACUAGAUCUCCACAUGUGCUCAUGUCUCGUCUCAGCACGGAUGUUUGCAGUGUCCCCCCGUCCCGAAGCUCUGAAACUCUCCAGCCACCCUUGGCUCCCCACUUUAACCCACCCCAGUUUCCUCAGCUCCAUCGCUUCUCCAGCAACUUCUACAGUGACUUGAGUGGUGUGAUGACGAUUCAAGCCAAACCGCUCCAGCAGAGGCCCACUUAUUCUGCAGAUAGAAUGCAAAAUGAGCAAGAUGACAAACUGGCUGGGGGAGGGUUCGGAGCAUCCUCACGUCACCGACUCGGCCGAAUUCUAGAUGCCCGGGGACCACAGACUUCUGCCAAGAAGACACCAGUGCAUAGGAGACUGCCUUCAAUUGCUUCAGACCCACAGAGGCUGAAAACCCCCACGGUCUACAGCGAUGAAAUUCUGAGAGGAACCAAACUGCAAACUGGCAUGGAGUACCUGCCUUCCCCAGCAGCAGUGCCAACCUCCCGAAGCCGGUUACCCCCAAUAGGCUCUGAGGCUGGGGAGCCCAACACAGCAGCCUCCGGAUCCCGCCCUGUUUCUUACAGGGGAAGGCACCCACAAAAUCGUGUGUUCAGCGCAAUGCCUGACAGCAUCGAACGUUCACCCCUUCGAGAAAGGACCAUUGUCCUGGAACAGCUUUCAAGGCCCAGCACAACACACACAUACCAGUCAGAUACACCGCGAAAAGGCUCCCUGACACCCGUGGAGUUUGUUGCUCACACUUGGACAGGUCAAAGUAUUUUGACAGGUGCACAGUAUCUGCCUAAAUCUUAUCAGAGGUCAACCCUGACUGCAAGAAAGAGGUUCCAAGUGGCCUCGUGAUGUUACUGCUCCAGAAUUACGGACUUGCUAGGAGCUCUGAAGCCUUGGCCACACCAUUGGUCACGUGAAAAGCAGAGGAACAAGUAUUACCUGGUGUAUAUAGUCAUCUCUCUGGCAACAGGAGACGGCAGAAUACCUGAGAGGAACACAAGAGCAUAAGUAACUUCAUUUUGAAGACUUGUAAAGCAUUGUAAAGAGAAUAAAAUUUGAACUCCCUAACUUUUAUGGGAAGCAUGCCUGAUGUUCCUUGGGCUUUAGGCUUUGCCUAAAAGACCCUAAGAUGCCCUUAAAUUCCACCUUUAUAGUUAGUGUUUGCACACAGAUAAUAUGAGUGCAUUCCUUAAGAAGAUGCCAUUUUUAACUCUCUACCAUCACUUACAUUUCAGUCUCAAUCUUUUAAUGAUUCAUUCCAUCAAAACUAAAUAGCAGUCACAUUUGAGACAAUUUGUCCAUUUGAAAAACGAUUCGGGUUCUUCUGUUCAUUGUGCUGACUUUAAAAUAAUUACUGUGUAUUCAGUGUAUAAAGUGAUGGGUUUCAUCAUGA